CGGAAAUAAUUUCCCUAGGCGAAGGCUGUUUGCAUGGCGAGGUUGACCCCUUUGUUUCAAAACUAUGGAUUUUCAACUUUGUCUGCCUUCUCAGAUUAUCUAGAUAAUACAUUUCCUUAAUGUCCUCAAGGUAUUUCACAAUGGAAACCGAACCUGUCCUCUCUGUCCAAAUCACCCCCAAAAUAGAACCCCCCUCUCCCCCACCAGAAUCAGAAGAUAGCGGUUCACACUUCUCCAAGGCUCCAUCCAGUGAAGAGAUUGAAAAUGCAUUCCACUGCAUUGUGUCUAAGACUGAUGUUACUCCCAGUGAUGCGGUAGAGGGAAGUUUAAAAGUUGUCACCCGAUACAUGUGUCGAUAUUGUGCUCGGCAGUUCGAUUCAGCUGAAGAUAUGAAAAAGCACAUUGUAUCGCAUACCAAGCCAGGGAGAGUCUCAAAUCACUCUUGUUUCGUUUGUGGGAAGACGUACUCGACCCCUUCCAAACUUCAGAGGCAUGUUCGAGUCCACAGCGGAGAACGCCCUUAUCCCUGCCAUGUUUGUGGACGACGGUUUACACGGUCAGACCAUGUCAAACAACACUUAAAAACGCACUUGCCACAAAGGGAGAAAAAUACCUGCCGCAUUUGCAGCAUGAAGUUUAACACCCGUCAGGCACUUUUUAGUCAUCUUCAAGUAACUCACAGUAUAAAUCAGAUCUUUACCUGUGACAAGUGUGGAGAAGCUUUUGACAAUGCCGAAAAGCUCAAGUCUCACAAGAUAAGCCACGAAACACUCGCCCAACCAACCGUGACAGAGUCAGCCGACAUUGAAGGUGCAAUGCUGAUUCAACAAAAUAAUGCUAAUAAGGUUGUGGACUGUGAGAACUUAAUGGUUAUUGGUUUGGCAAAAUUUAGUGUGUCGGCAGCCAUGAUAAGUGAUAUGGACGAAGACAUGGAGGAUGAGUCCAAUGACGGAAAAAGCAGCUCCUUGUCAAAGGCCAGUCGUAAACUGGAUUACACAAAUGGAAAUGAUGAGGAGUCUGCGGAUAAGAUUUUAAAUGAUGCAGACACCAUUGAUACUGAUGGUACAAUGUACAUAUCCCCAGAACUAAUGGAAAAGUUCAUCAAAAGUGAACCAAUGGAUGAUUAUGAAGAUAGCACUGCACAAGGAAAUUCCGAUGGAUUUCAGAAUUCUGGGAUUGCAGUGCACUCCUCCGAUUCAAAGUUCGUCAAAGAUAUGUGGCAAAAUGACUCAGAAUCCGAAGAAGUGGAGAAGAAACCUACUGUUGAUGAAAGUGAAACAGCUAUACACUUCAGCACUGGCACAAAGAGCAUAGGGAAUGGAAGAAAAGUAACGGAAAUUAUGGUCUAUCCCAAGACAGGGGCAAAAGUGACUAGUUAUACUGAGCCAAUAACUUCCCAGACUCUGGCAGAACCCAGCAAAAUUAAGUUAGGCCCUGCUAGUUACAAGGCUGCUGUGAGAAAGAAGCUUCAGAUGAACUACCCUUAUCCAAGAAACACGUUCAAAAGUCUCGUGAAAACUCUAGGCAUCAAUAGCAAUGCUGUUUCAGUGGACAAAACUAAUACCACUGCGCCCAAACAGGCAGAAUCUCCAGCAGCAACAUCAACAACGGCUCCGACAGAGAAGAAGACAUGGAAGUGUGAACAUUGUAGUAUUUAUUUUGAGGACUAUUCCAUGAGCCUGCUACACAGUUCCUUGCAUGACGCAGAUGAAGAAGACCCAUUUACCUGUAGAAAAUGUCUUAAGAAGUUAGGAAAUCGUCUAGAAUUUACAGCUCAUUUAGUCUGGCACUUGGAACCCAUGAUGGAUGGUUGAUGUUUUUUCCCCUUAUAUGGCUUGUUGUCUGUUUUUAAUUUUUUUUGUGUGUGUUAUACAUGAACUAAUAUAUGGUUUGUUGUAUAUAGAAAAAUUUGAAUUGAAAAGUGAAAAUUUAGAGACUGAAUUUUCUCUUCUUUAACAAUAGAUCUCUGUUGAGAAAUGUAUAAAGAACAUUGUUCACCCUUUGUAUAGUUUUUCUGUAGUCUGAAAGAAUGAAAAACUGGUGGAUAAGAGAUUUUAUGAAUGCACUGGUUUCCACCUGAAGCAUUUGAGGAUAUGUUGAUUUUUAUAUACACCGUUUACACAUAUGUUCUUAUGCCACUGUUAAAUACUUUGUUGUUGUAAUGUUGUCACAGUAUACAGUAUAUUCACAGCUAGGGUUUUAAUGAGUUUGAUGUCAGUUAUUAAAUGAAAUUUUGAAUCAAUUUAGAAAACACUGAUCAUAUUUUUUCUCUUUGAAUUUUGGACAUCAUUAUUAUCAAAUCAAUUUUUUCUGUAUUUAUAUAUGGCUACUUUAUGGCAUAUUUUAUAUUGUGGGUCUUUUGAAUUUGUUGGUUGGCUAAAGAAGUGAAGAUAUUUUUUUGGGGCAAUUGUUAACAUACAUGUAUUUUGCAUUUUUGUUAGGGCAGUCAUUUUUACAUCUUUUAAGAUAUUUAUAUCUGUGUUCAAUUGUAUUAUUAAAAGUCUUGGCAAUGAUACAAAUUGAAUUUUUACUACUAACAAAUAAAACAGAAAAUAUUUCCAGAACUUGUGAAUUUCUUCGUAAAAUAUAUUUGACAGUAUCCUGUAUUAAUACUUAUAAGAUUAUUACUUAACAAAUUGUUGUAUAGAAUUAUUGUCUUAUUAGUAGCUAGAUCUUUUUCCCCCAAAAAAUUUGGAGGUAAAUAAUGUUUACAGCUUUGAUUUCUCUGAUGAAAUUUUUCACAUAUUCUCAACAAAGUCCACAUUUGCUAUGUUGUACUUUCAAAGUAUAUAAAUUCUGAUGAACUAUUGAUUAAAAAGUUUUGUUUGAAGGUGAAAAUAACAAAAACAAAUG